AGCUAAAGCAUUCAACCCAUUUCUGAUUUCAUGUCUUCCAAGUGGAGUGCUGAUGGUUGCCGAGUGGAGGAUGGCGCACUCUUGGCAGGCAUGACGAGGGAAGGGUCAUUACAGUGUUUCACCACUGGUUUUGUCAGCGUGAGGAAAGACCUUGGUUGUUUUCAAUGCGACAAUAGGAUUUCCUGAACAUUAAUUGAUGUUGAUGCAAACGGAUGAACAUGCCAACUGGAGCACUAACGGAACAACCAUCAUCAGCAGCUGCCAUAUCAGCGAACUUUCCGUCUGUGGAUAUUCCUGAAACAUGUGGGUCUCGAGAUCCAAAAGUGGCAGGUGGCUUCGAUGUGUGGAUAAAGGAGAAUCCUCAGCUGGAGAGCCAGGCAUACAAUGAAAUCAAGAAAUGUGGCAAAUGCGGCAAAGCCUGUGCAGUGACAAUGACACUCUGCAAUGGGUGUGGAGCGUCAUUGGCUGAAGUCCCUGUGUCCAAGAGUCCAAACCUCUUUAUGGCGUUCAUUUAUGGGGUGGAGAAGGUUUCAGCUACCGGCUUUCCUUUGAAGAUCUCAAUGCGCCUGGAGACAAGGGACAUCAUGGUGUUUGAUGAUCCACUGGCCAUUACCCGCGCUCAUGUUCUUUCUGUGCCGACAAACGUAUACUGUCCUGACGUUAGACAUCUCUUUUGCGACCCUGGCCCAGCCCUAGCCCUAUUGGACAAAAUGGAGGAGUCUGCCUGGACUGCAUUGGCACAGGGUCCUUUGGCGUCUGCCGAAUGGAGGAAAAAAGCUUUGUCGGCAGCGGGAUAUGAGAUGCCACUAGAAGCUCUACGUGAACAUGUCAUAAUGGCUUUCAACCUGCCUCCUUCGCAAUACCAGCUGCAUCUCCAAUUUAUGCUUCCACCUUUGUUGCCCUCUCAUUUGGGCGUUUUUAGAAGUGGUGCCCAUUUUGUGCACUUGCGACACUUUCCCUUGGCUUAUGUCAGAGAAGCCCUGAAGAAAAUGCAAGCAGCUGGCUUGGCCUUUCCUGACGCUUCAAACCUGACUGCUCCAGAGCUGGUGCAGCGAAUCUCCUCGACGUUUUCUGAGAUUGAUUACAGCAGAGCUCACGGUGUGGACAUGGAGCGCCUGGAGAAGAGCAAUGCGCUCCUGGCAAACUAUGAUCCGGCAGACUUUACCCAUGCAGUGAAAGGAGAUGAAGUCACUGAUAAGCACACCUUAAAGAAAAUUGAGGGCCUUUCCGCUAAAGAGCUGGAUGCUGCUGACAAGCUGUCCCUCCAGGGAUACGGCCGUCCUUAUGUUGGUGGCAAGCCAGGUGGUGUGUAUUAUUCAUACGCUCGUUCACCAGAGCCUUUGCCAUCCUUGGCCUCGAAAUCAAGCGCCUGUGGCGCAUGUGAUAUUGGCAUUUGUACUGUUGCUUGAGUUUCAUGGUAAAAAAGGCGCAUAAAGCAUUGCUUCUUUGAAUUUGGAACACUGUCAAGCAUUCAGUGGCCACCUUCCAGCUUCAACAAACGCGAAGACAAUAGUCCG